AUGUCCUUUGUGGUCUUGAAGAAGGAACGCUCCCGGUGGAGAGGCUGGGUCCAAUGCCUCCGAACUCCCAGCAAAACGGCGGUGCCUGUCUUCGAUGGCCGUCUUACGGACGAGUUCGACGAACAAGAUGAAAACUUCGUAAAGAAGAACGCAGUCUUGCAUCUUGUCCUGUUUGUUCCUUGGGAAAGGUUUCAAGGCGAGCCAGCAGAUGAUAUACCUGGACUUUGGCGAAGGUUCCAGGAAAUGCUAAGCGACCGAGUUCGCUCUUACGUCCGUAACAUCGCUUUAUUACGCGUUUCCGCAGAAGACGCUCGGGCCGACCGUAAGCUUCAGGGUCUGGACCAGGACUUUGAAGAGAUCGUGGAUGCGGACGCCUUUGGCGAUCAAAUGGGGGAGGAGGAUGGCGGCAGGGCGGAUAACGAGAACAUCGACUCACAAGAGUAUUAUGACGCCUUUCUGGGUGUCCUAUCGGCAGUCCGGAGGAGCGAAAUCAAGGACAUGCCU